AUGCUAAAGCGAUCAAGGUCUAUGAAAUCUAACAAGCAAUCUGGUUUACACGAUGAAGAUCAGGAUCCUCCGCCCUACCACACAAGCUGUUCACCUUACCGCAUUUAUUCUGUAAAGAACGUUGACAUCUGCUACGGUUGCAGUUGCAGAUUUCCCGAGGGGCGGCAAAAUAGAGCGGUCAGGGUGUCCUGGGAUCUGUGGCCCACAGGCCGCGACCACAUCAACCCUGUCUUUCUCAAGCUUUCGAAACUCAUUCACCACAAAUGUCAAUUACUUGAAAAGAAGUCCGAGUGCGAUGAGGGCGAGGUGGAUCCUUACACCGGUCAACCGACCACCACUAGCCAGCCGAAACCGCAGAAUCAAAGGCCGGCCUCCCAGGCCACCGGGGGGAGCAUUGGAAGCACUACAUCCGGGGGUCCACCACCGGCUCCAUCUGCAGCAGCCGCCGCUGCUGGGGGGGACUUAUCUUUGAAUUUGCGAGGUGGAUCGCGUGGAACAUCUGCACCUUCAUCACCAGCGAAGUCACGCGAGUCACUGCUCCAACGUGUACAAUCCCUCACGGGUGCAGCUCGCGAUCAAGGCGCCAAUUUACUAGGGAGCGUAACAUCGGUGGCAUCGGUAGGCCGUGGAUACAACCGUGAUCGAUGCGUGACGCUACUGGUCGUUGACGAUCAGAACACCGACUGGUCUAAGUAUUUCCGAGGUCGCCGCCUUCCAGGCGAAUGGGACAUUCGCGUUGAACAAGCCGAGUUUCGGGAAUUGACAGUGACCGCUAAUUCUGACGGUGCUAAUGUGUCUAUGGCCGUUUAUCGCAGCGGCACAAAAGUCACCAGAUGCUUUAAGCCGGACUUCGUGUUGGUUAGACACAAUGUGAGGGACGCUGGCGCUGACUAUCGAGCCUUACUCCUUGGACUUAAGUUUGGAGGAGUACCUUCCAUCAACAGCCUGAAUUCCAUCUACCACUUCCAGGAUCGCCCUUGGGUGUUCGGCCAUCUUCUUCAACUGCAGCGACGUCUUGGUAGAGAAAACUUCCCUCUCAUUGAACAAACUUACUACCACAAUCACACGGAUAUGGUAAGUACAUAG